AUGGAGGCUAUGGCCAAGUACGACUAUGAAGCUACAGCCUCUGAUGAACUCGGCUUCGCAAAAGGAGAGCGAUUGAAGGUUCUGAAGACCUCUGGGAACUGGUUCAAAGCAGAACUCGAUGGAACCAGAGGGUUUGUACCCAAAAACUUCAUCGACAUUCAUCUGCCGAGCUGGUAUCAGGAGGACUGCAGUCGCAGCGACGCCGAGGAUGUGCUGAUGUCACAGCCUGUGGGGUCGUUCGUCAUACGAGGAAGCCAGAGCUCCGCCAUGAGUGAUUUUUCCAUCUCUGUGAGACAUGCAGCAGAUGUGCAGCACUUUAAGGUGUUGGGGAACAGCAGGGGGCAGUAUUACCUCUGGUCAGAAAAGUUCCCUUCCAUCAACCAGCUGGUGGAACAUUACAAACACAACUCUGUCUCCAGACAGACUCAGAUAUUUCUUCAAGAGACGCAACAACAACAAAAAAAAGAGGCUGUAGGUGAUAGACCAUCAGUGCCUGCUCCUCCACUGCCUGACCGCUCAUCUAUACCUGUUACUGCACCUGCACUACGAGAGCACAUACCCUCCCCCACCAUGCAGGUCAGAGCUCUGUACGGUUUCUACGCUGAAGAGAAAGACGAGCUAGAUUUUGAUGCCGGGGAUGUCAUCACCGUCCUGGAUCACUCCGACUACUCCUGGUGGAGAGGAGAGCUGAGGGGCAAAACAGGCCUGUUUCCCUCCAACUACACCACAUCUCUCUGAGAGGAGCUAAUGCUAACAACAUGCAUGUUUUUAUUACAGGACAUUUUACAACUCUACCCCUUCUAACAAUAAGUCAUAAUCAUAAACUAAAGGCAAGGGUCAGGUGUUUUAUAAGAGGCGGUGUCGGGUGUCAGGGUGUUGGUUUUGGCACACACAUUGCACACUAGAUUCUUAUCACAGAUCAGGGCAGAUGAGCUGUUGUUGUCCUGUAAAUCAGAUAGAGAAGAACCUUUAAAAUCAACAAGUGUCAGUGAAUAUUAGAGGAUUUAAUUUAGACGACAGUGAUACUAAACAAGAGGGUAGUGUAAGAACUUUCACUAUGAUAAUGUUUUGGUGUUUUCUUACCGCUGAGGGAGACAUGAGUUCACGUAGUGCAAAACACAAACGAUGUGCUGAGGACCGGUUUUGAAUCAGUCACGAUUAGGGAUGCACCGAUCCUGCUAUAGAUACCUGGGCUUUGCCGAUACCGAUUCUAGCCGAUCCGAUCCUGGUAUUGAUUUAACAAUCUCUAUUCCUUAAUGUGAGGACAGAAUCAUGUUUUGGCAACUUCAGGCUUUUCUGACUUGGUGAACUGUACCUGGGUUCCAAGUGCUAAACCAGAGAGAGAGUAACAAAAGCUAAGAAAAGCUAACAACACAAUUCAAACUGCACUAAACAUUAACUAGGAUGCAGUCGGGUGGCAGAAGCUCAGUCCAUAGGGACUUGGCUUGGGAACCGAAGGGUC